GAAAAUGAAUUAGAUAACUUCGGGUUAGUAUUACGAGUGACUCGAAAAGAGUGGCCGGAAGCUUAAGGAAUACCCAUAGUAAUAUCCACAUUUCUACAAAAUGAUUUUAAUAGUGAUACUAAGUGCUGCGUCCCUGCUUGUUGGUGCUGAUGCAAAGGUAGUACCGGAUGUUGUACGUCAAAAAGUAGUCACCAAAAGCGCACACCAGUUGUUGAACGAUCUCCAGGUCCUAGAAAAUGAUCGAAAAGCAGCGCUAAAAAAGGCGCUUGAAGAUUUCAAGGCAGAUUCUCACAAGAUGGAACCUCUGUCCGUCCUUUCGUUGGUGGACUCACUUUUCGUUGAAUAUCGCAAUUACUACAAUGCAAUGAAUACGUUGAUUCACUCCGAUGAAAAGUCGGCGGCUUCACACCAGGCAUUAGAGACUAUCAAAAAAUCCAGGGAGCAGUUGGUCCAGCUUUAUAAAACCGUCACAGAGAAACAAGAAAAACUCCAAGAAUCAAUGAGCACUGAUAGUCAAAUGAACUUGCUAGAAACUUUACUCGGAAAAACUCUCCAAAAGAACGAUGAGAUUGAGGCACAACUUCGCGUUGAAUUCAACGAUUCUCCGUUCAUAAAUAAUUGGAAAAAUAUGCCGGAUCUACCCAACGUGUCUCCACUGUGACUGGAACCUACUCAGAAAACCAGUGGAUGUCGUAACAUAUUGUGUUCACCAGUUACUUAACGCUGUUUGCGACCUCUAUCCUAUUUUAAGUAUGCUCUAAUCUCCUUGAUUUAUCAAAAAUCGGCUGAAUUAUGAUAUAUCAAUACGAUAAAAAAAAACAUCGAAAAAUCACAAAGCAACUUACGAAUACGAAAAAAACUAGCAAAAGUACAACUCAAUAUUGAAUGCAGAAACUGUGUUAAAACCCUCUUCAUUAAAACUAUUAAUACAAAAAAACUUACAAAAUCUCGCCGCGCGCCGGUUCUCUAAAAAUUUUAAGUCGAAAUAUGUGGCAUCGUCGGCAGCAAUUCUUAAAAACCGUUUAUUUGAAGAAACUUUUUGUGUAAAAAGACGUAUAAUUACGCACAUACUGCGUAUGAAUUUUGUACCAUGUGAAAAUAAAUAUCAUACUGUAACAUUUUAAAUUUAUCGUUGCUUGACAAAACGUAAAUAUUUUUCAUUGAGUCCCAUAGGAACUGUUCUAAAUUUUCAGCACCAUCUUUUAACAAUGCCGUCAUCAAGAAAUGACGCUGAAUAUAUUUCAAUUUUAAUAAAAAAAAAAUAAUAAAUAUAUUUCCUUGAAUAAA